AUGGAAGACGACAAAGCCAGCUUCGGCCAUAUCGACCACGCUGCAGAGGAACAUGGCCUUCCCGAUCUCUCCAAUGACAAGGAAUCUAUCACUCCUGCCCCUAAUGAUCCUCAGAACUGGUCCACUGCUGCCAAACUCACCACCUACCUGACCAUCUGUUUCUAUACCUUCCUCGCCAAUGUCAACAGCAGCAACUUCACCGUCGCCACCAAGGCUAUCAUCGCCGAAUUCCACGUCUCCCAAACCCAGGCCGGCGAACUCGUCUGCUUCAAUGUCUUCCUCUUCGGCGUCGGCAACAUCUUCUGGGUUCCACUGAUGCGCGUCGUCGGCAAACGCCCCGUCUAUCUCAUCUCCAUGCUCUUCCUCUCCAUGAUGAAUGUCUGGUCGUCCCGCGCCACCAGCUACGGCGAGCUGCUCGCUUCACGCAUCCUCUCCGGGUUCGCCGCAGCCGCAGCCGAUGCCACUGUCCCUGCCGUGGUCAGCGACAUGGUGGCUCCCCACGAACGCGGCCACUACCUCAUGAUCUUCCAUCUUGCCCUGACCGGUGGGCUUUUCCUCGGCCCUCUCAUCAACGCAUACCUGGUACAAGACGAGAACUGGCGUUGGAUGUGCUACUUCCUUGCUAUAGCAGUCGGAGCGGUCUUUGUGGUCGCCAUCUUCACCGUUCGCGAAACCACAUACCUCGCGCGACAUGCUUCUUCCCAGAAGACGAGGUAUUGGGGUUGGCUUUCCAUCACACGAGGAUACAACCCGGACGCCUCGUUCCUCCAGACGGUAUGGGAUAUCCUCCGUAACGCGAUGUACCCUCAACUCCUAUGGUCAGCCUUUACCAUCGGAAUCUCCGUAGGAUGGAACAUCGUCGUCCAACUCACUGCGUCCCGCACCUUCACAGCCCCGCCCUACAACUGGCCCGCUGGCAGUAUCGGCCUCCUCUCCCUCUCCGGCUUCAUCGGCGCCCUGCUAGCCUUCUACCUGGGUGGACGUCUCAUCGACAUCCUCUCCACAUAUUAUACCCGGCGGCGCGGGGGCCAACGACUGCCCGAGUACCGACUCCCCGCCAUGAUCAUCCCCGGCACGAUCGGACCCGCGGGGAUACUCAUCUUCGGACUGUGCGUGGCGAAUCAAACGCACUGGGCUGGUGCGGCAGUGGGAUAUGCCAUGCAGGCUUUUGGGGUCGCGGCUAUUUCUAAUGUGGCGGUCACGUAUUCGUUGGAUUGUUAUAAGCCGAUCACGGGCGAAGCACUGGUCAUUAUUUUCGUGAUCCGGAAUACGAUCGGUAUGUUGUUGUCGCUAUAUGCGGCGGAUUGGAUCGCGAAACAGGGCGCCGCGAAGGUGUUUGGAGAGAUGACGGCGAUUCAGGGGGCAAGUGUAUUGCUGGCGGUGCCAUUGUUUCUUUGGGGCGCUGGUCUACGCGAGUUGACGGGGCGGGAUAAACAAGUGUUAAAGUUUUUGCACAACCGAGGAACCGAAAAUGCUCCACUCCACUGCUUAGUUGGUUCGGAACUAGCGUUUAGUGCGUGUUGGCACCUGGCUCGCAAAAGCUAUGGAGUAGAUAAUGACCAUGAUGAUUCGAGGAAACAACUGUCCAUGGGUCUGGCUCUGUUUAGUUGCUUCCACGUCUUUAUGACUGGUGCCAAACAAUGGAUUCUUUCGUCUUCUAGAUAUGUCUUUGUUGGAGUGGUGGCGAGGGUGUACACUGAGCGUAGCACAGCUUGGGGGCAACCAACCCCUAUCAUGGACGAUCACUCUUUCCUUCGCGGGAGGAGAUACUCUGGCUACUUGCCUCGGUUAUCUGGUUGGCUCCACCCCGAGGGAACAUGCUACUGCGAGUCUAGCAGUAGUGCCAGGGUGAACCUGGCCCUGCAAGUGUUAACCUGGGUGUAUGGAGUAUCCACGAGGAAGUGGAUAGAACGAAGCACGAUACCAGCGCGUACCUGGAGGGCCUGA